CAAACAAGUAUGAUGUGCCCAGGAUUACCCUAUAUGACAAAAUUUCGGGUAAAACUCCAGUCGAGUAUUCUAUGGGUCCUAGUACCUAUUUGUCUACAGAAGCAGAGAACCUUUUAGAAAAAUGGGUAAUUGACAUGGCGGGAAAACACAUUCCCAUUACAAGAGACGAAUUGCUUGACAGUGUGCAACGCAUUAUUAUGAACCAGAAGAUAAAAACGCCUUUUACUGACGAUAGGCCAGGCAAGAAAUGGUAUAAUCUUUUUCUAAAAAGACAUCCUGUUUUGUCUGAGCGAACAGCACAAAAUUUAAUAACGGCGCGAGAUGCAGUAACGGAAGAAAAUAUAAAAAAAUGGUUUAAAGAAGUUGAAUCAUAUAUACAAGAAAACGAUCUAAAAGAAGCUUCGGAAGACCCUCAAAGAAUUUUUAAUACGGACGAGAGCGCCUUCUAUUUGUCCCCUAAAGCCGGGAAAGUUCUUGCAAGAAAAGGUGACAAACAUGUCUACCGAUCAUCUGGAGACGAUAAGGACAAUUUGACAGUUUUGAUUACCGGGAAUGCAGCUGGACAAUUGGCACCCACCAUGGUAGUGUAUGCCUAUGAGAGAGUUCCAUCUGCAAUUUCAUCUCCGUUUCCAAAAGAAUGGUCAAUUGGACGCACAGCAAGUGAUAGAGAGAGAUAGAGAAAAUAAGUAAUGAUUGUAGUGCCAUUGUUUUUUAUUUUAUGAUAAUUUAAAACAGUAUUAAAAGACUGAUUGAGACUUAAAAAGACUCAGGCCUAUAAGUUGAUUAAUAAUAAAAUACAGUUUUUAUUCUUAUAAUUAUUUUUUUAUUUAACUUUUUACCUGCAUGAACUGUUGAUCAUUGGAUGACGAUUAAUAGAACUGUUGAUUACUAGAUGUCGGUCAUUGGAACAUGUUGAUUACCGGGUGUCGAUAAAUGGAUUUCUGCAGUCGAAGACUGGACCGAAAAUAACAUUUUUUUAUGUUGAAAUAUCUCUU